AUGGAUCUGCAUGUUGCGUUGGUGACCGUCUGUCUGUGUGCUUUGGCCAUCACCUCCACUGAAGCUGGCAUCCCAAAAUGCUGUGUCAAAACAAGGACCAUCAAUAGAUAUAUGCUGUUGAGGGUGGAAAGGUCGUAUGAACAGCUAAGCACCGGCGCCUGUGACAUCCCUGCACUGAUACUUUACAUAAAGGGCAGUAAGAAACCCAUAUGCGCUCCUCUCAAGCUGAAGGCAAUUCUGGAAAGGAUCCAUGGAGGAAGAAAAAGAACAAUCUAAAAACAGCUUUCUGAGAUGAUGAGAUGGAUUGAAAAAUCUCUUCCCAAUAUACCUGUGUGUCACGUUUUCUAAAGCUGGUGUUUUCAAGAGAUUGUGUCAUACAGAGGAUCUCUUGGCGGUUUAUUUUCAUCGAUUAUGUGGAGGGCACUGUUUUGUAAUUCAUGUUGCUGGUUUUAAUCUUUAUUUCGUAAUAUUUUCGUAAAUAUUGUCAUGUAAACUGAGAUGUGGAGAAAAAUAUGAAAUAUGAAAAAUAAGAGCGAUCACCUAUAUAUGGAACUUUAUAUCAGUGAGGAAUCUGAAUAUUAUAGUAGAUUAAUCUUGGGAAUGUAACUCUACGUUUUUAUAGAAAUGAAAGUAAAAUCGACUUGGACAUUUCCUUGUUCGGUCUUGUCCUCUGAUGAUGACGAAUCCCAGAUCAGAUCGAAAGGCAUCACACCCGAUGUCAAGUAUUGUGAAGAAGUGAAAAGCAACAUUUACAUAAUCCAAGACUGAAAGAAAUUAGCAGGAAUUGUGCACAAAUGCAGACAUUAAAAAAGGAGGAUUUGGACCGGAAACUAGUCUUCUGUUUCUCCUUAGGCAGCAUCCAAUGCUUUCCCGGUUUUUAUUAGUCAGUUGCCUUUAUGCAAAUCCCUAUUGUAAUUCCUGCAACUACGGCAGUUACACAGUAUACUGAUUCUGUGGUCAUUUUGGGGUCAGGUGACAUCUUAUCAAAAUCCAAAAGUGCCAAAGUAAAAGUCAAAUAAAAGAUAUGUUGAUGAAGAGGCAAAAUAAAAAAUAAAUAAUAAGGUAUAGACCUGCUAUAUAAAAAGGUCCUCUGGGAUAACUUCUGUUAUGCCAUAUAAACAAAAUUUGACUUGACUUGACUUGACGUGACUAAAUAAACUUGGCUGAACAUGAAUUCACUGGUUCACUGCUCCAUUCACAAUCACGUCAUCAAGCUAUAUAUCAGGUUAAGGCCUAAGGCAUUAGACUGUUAUGAUAAUUAAUAACUCAUCCAGUCAUAAAGGCAAAAAAACACCUACAGCAGAUCACUGUAAUCUGCCUUUCAGUCAUUCCAGCUUUUAAACGUACAACCUUUUUCAUACUCGAGUCAGAGCAAGUUCCUCCAGUGGCAGUUUGUCAGUGAGCUCUGUUCUUCUACCACACAAAUAUAAUUUUAAUUUCCUUCAUCAGAGACAUGAGGUUAAAUCCAAACAGCUGAAAAGACUAUUAGACUCCAUGACAUCAGCUACUGUGUAAGAAAAGAUAUUGAGGAAACAAACGAGAUGGUUUCAGAUGGGCCCACAGAAAAAGUCAUCGUUACACACUCAAAAAAACAUCUCACAGCUAUUUACCUUUUGCCCUCCUGUCGGCAGCCUAAUCAUCUGUCUUCAUAAUUCUCUGCUCACUGAUUCAUCAGCUCACAAACUGCCAGAAACAUUUGGCAGAGGCUCAUCUCGCCUCAGGGGGCAGUAAAGCUGAUCAAAGACGGAUCAUUUUUGCUCAAACAGUCAAAGUGAGGCAGGUAAAGCUGAAGGAGACAUUGUGCAUGUGGUCACCCGCCACUGUGUCAGGUCCAGAUGUUUUCUCUUACACUGUGAAGACUUCACUAUUCAAUAGCACCCUCUAGUGGAAAUACUGACAGGACAGAGAAACAAGUGUGCUAAUAAAGUUCUGUUCAACCCUAAGUCUGACAGUUGAGUCUAAACUAAUCCCCCGCAGAUUCCUCAGGGAUGCCAAAGUGAGUGUGUUCAUAAACAGUAGCGCCCUGGCAGUAGAAUAGCAAAUGUUUGUCUAGUGAUGUACUUGGCACAGCUAUCAGGCAACUGCAGAAGCCCACGCAGAGCAGCACCACAAUCUGGAUACAGUACUUCCUCCUUAAACACUGCUCAGGAAACUGGCCCCAAAAUUAAACUCAAUCCUUCUGGCUUUAGUAAAGCUCAUCUUGGCUGUCAGAGACUUUGUCACGGCACU